GCGAGUGGAGAGUGAGGCUGGCGCGUCGGCUUCUCCCAAGCGGGAGUCGGUGUGUGAGGAGCCCAGUCCGUAGCCGGGCCGGGCCUGUGUGGACCUCCACCGGCCGCAGGGCCGCGCCGGGCGGCCGUCGCCUCGUCCCGGUUCUCCGCGGAGGCGCGCGCGGCCGGGCGGGGAUCCAGGCCUCAGCCGGCGCCAGGGCCUCCGGGGCCCUGCGGGGCUCAGCAUGCCCGGGGUGAAGCUCACCACCCAGGCUUACUGCAAGAUGGUGCUGCACGGCGCCAAGUACCCCCACUGCGCCGUCAACGGACUGCUGGUGGCCGAGAAGCAGAAACCGCGCAAGGAGCACCUGCCCCUGGGCGGCCCGGGCGCCCACCACACCCUCUUCGUGGACUGUAUCCCCCUUUUCCACGGCACCCUGGCCCUCGCCCCCAUGCUGGAGGUGGCCCUUACCCUGAUUGAUUCAUGGUGCAAAGAUAAUAGCUACGUGAUUGCUGGUUAUUAUCAAGCUAAUGAACGAGUCAAGGACGCCAGUCCAAACCAGGUCGCAGAAAAGGUGGCCUCCAGAAUCGCCGAGGGCUUCAGCGAUACGGCUCUCAUCAUGGUAGACAACGCUAAGUUUACGAUGGACUGCGUGGUGCCUACGAUCCAUGUGUACGAACACCAUGAAAACCGAUGGCGGUGCAGGGACCCACACUAUGAUUACUGUGAAGACUGGCCAGAGGCCCAGAGGAUCUCAGCAUCACUCCUGGACAGCCGGUCCUACGAAACACUUGUGGAUUUCGAUAACCACCUGGAUGACAUUCGGAAUGACUGGACAAACCCAGAGAUCAAUAAAGCUGUUCUGCAUCUGUGCUAGGGAGAGGUUUUAGUGACUGGUCUCUGGGCGUUUCCACUACGCUGAAGAAGAAAGCUAUUUUUAAAUGUAAAUAAGAUCGCGUAGCCUGCGUGGAAAGCGGACAGUUAGCAGAGGUGGUUGUGCCCUGAUAGGGCAGAGUGUCCCUCACCGUCUUUUUAAUGCAGAGUCUCUAGAAGAGGUGCACACUGUCCCACCUUACCAUUCCUGUGGGGUCCUUCCCAGUUACAUGUUGCUCUAAUCCUCCAAAUCAAAGCUGUUUCUGCUUGUCCAAGAUUGUUCCUAUUAAACAGUUUUAACUAACCUUU